AUGUUUGCAGCAUUCAGCUAUAUGUUGGAAAAUGGAGGGCUUGCUAGGUGGGAGAACUACCCAUACAAAAUGCGGAAGGGCCGCUACAAUGGUCAACUCGCAAGGCAGCAAGCCGCGCAAAUCGAUUCGUUUCACAUCGAAAACUAUGUAAUUGAGAAUAGAUUAAGAGCACUAAUUGACAAGCAGCCUGUUGUGGCUCAAGUCUUAGCGAAUCGCUCAUUUGCCGACUAUGAUGGAGGAUUUUUUGCUGGAUAUCCUGCUGAAACUACUAAUCAUGAAGUAUUAAUAACUGGAUAUGGAACGGACCCGGAACAUAGAGAUUAUUGGAUGAUAAAAAAUUCCUAG